GGAAAUGCCGGCCGGGCCAGUUUUGCGCUUGCGCAUUCGCGCAUCCAAAACACUUUUUUUGUUCCGUUCCACUCCGGUAUGGCGCUCAGCAAGACGUUUGGCCAAAAGCCUGUCAAAUUCCAGCUGGAAGACGAUGGGGACUUUUACAUGAUCGGCUCGGAGGUGGGCAACUACCUGCGGAUGUUCCGGGGUUCGCUCUACAAACGCUAUCCGUCCUUGUGGAGGAAGUUGGCGUCGGUGGAGGAGCGCAAGAAGAUCGUGGAGUCGUCGCAAGAUCACGGCUACACGCAGCUGGCCACCAGCGUGACGCUGCUCAGGGCCUGCGAGGUGGAGGAGAUCCUGGACGGCAACGACGACAAGUACAAGGCCGUCUCCAUCAGCACCGAGCCGCCCGCCUACCUCAGGGAACAGAAGGCCAAGAGGAACAGCCAGUGGGUGCCCACGCUGCCCAACAGCUCCCACCACCUCGACGCCGUCCCCUGCUCCACCACCAUCAACCGCAGCCGCCUGGGACGGGACAAAAAGAGGACCUUCCCGCUCUGCUUUGACGACCACGACCCGGCGGUGAUCCACGAGAACGCCACGCAGUCCGAAGUGCUGGUGCCCAUCCGGCUGGACAUGGAGAUCGAAGGCCAGAAGCUCCGAGACGCCUUCACGUGGAACAUGAACGAGAAGCUGAUGACUCCCGAGAUGUUUUCCGAGAUCCUCUGCGACGACCUGGACCUCAACCCGUUGGCUUUCGUGCCCGCCAUCGCUUCCGCCAUCCGCCAGCAGAUGGAGUCGUACCCCACCGACAGCAUCCUGGACGAGCAGACAGACCAGAGGGUCAUCAUCAAGCUCAACAUCCACGUGGGCAACAUUUCCCUGGUGGACCAGUUUGAGUGGGACAUGUCGGAGAGGGACAACUCGCCGGAGAAGUUUGCGCUCAAGCUGUGCUCCGAGCUGGGCCUGGGGGGCGAGUUUGUCACCACCAUCGCCUACAGCAUCCGGGGCCAGCUCAGUUGGCACCAGAGGACGUACGCCUUCAGCGAGAACCCCCUCCCCACGGUGGAGAUCGCCAUCAGGAACACGGGCGAUGCCGACCAGUGGUGCCCCCUGCUGGAGACGCUGACAGACGCCGAGAUGGAGAAGAAGAUCAGGGACCAGGACAGAAACACCAGACGAAUGAGGCGACUCGCCCACACGGCGCCGGCCUGGUAGCGCAACAACAUGCUGCUGCUGCUGCUUCAUCGUCAUCAUCAUCAUCCUCACCACCACCGUCUUGGAAGCACGCGGCGUAUCCCCGUGAACCCGUUUCGCUUCUCAGCCAACCACACGCAGGACAAGAAGUCAGAUAAUAUAUUUUAUGUUGUAUUUGUGGUCUUUUGUACAUUUGAAUGAUUCUUACAAAAUAA